GUCGUCCACGUAAAUCUCAUUCCAGUGAGCGAUUCCCGCGCGCAAGCGCAGUUUGAAUCACAUGGUGGCUCCUGGCUUAAGGUUUAGUUAGGAAUUUGCUGGUGAUAACAGUAACGUCUCUUUAGGUGUCGGAGCUCAAAACUGACCUACAGAAUGUUGGGCUCCAAGAACAUGCCCUGGCGGCGGCUGCAGGGCAUUUCCUUCGGGAUGUAUUCGGCUGAAGAGCUCAAGAAAUUAAGUGUUAAGUCUAUUACAAAUCCUCGGUACCUGGACAGCUUGGGGAACCCAUCAGCAAACGGCCUGUAUGAUUUAGCUUUGGGCCCUGCGGAUUCCAAAGAGGUGUGCUCCACCUGCGUCCAGGACUUCAGCAACUGCUCAGGGCACCUGGGCCACAUUGAACUCCCGCUCACAGUGUACAAUCCUCUCCUCUUUGAUAAACUCUACCUGCUGCUCCGGGGCUCUUGUUUAAACUGCCACAUGCUGACUUGUCCCCGGGCUGUGAUUCACCUCUUAGUCUGCCAACUAAAGGUUCUGGAAGUUGGGGCCCUACAAGCAGUCUACGAGCUUGAGCAAAUUCUGAACAGGUUUCUAGAAGAAAAUGCUAAUCCUUCUGCCUUCGAAAUUCAAGAGGAGUUAGAACGAUAUACAACUGAAAUUGUGCAGAACAACCUCCUAGGGUCCCAGGGCGCAUAUGUAAAAAAUGUGUGUGAGAGUAGGAGCAGACUCAUUGCUUACUUCUGGAAGGCACAUAUGACAGCUAAACGAUGUCCCCACUGCAAGACUGGGCGGUCACUUGUUCGAAAGGAACACAACAGCAAGUUGACAGUCACAUUUCCUACCAUGGUGCACAGGAAAGCUGGCCAGAAGGACCCAGAGAUUGUGGGAAUUGAAGAUAUGCAGAUGGGAAAACGAGGGUACCUGACACCCACCAGUGCCCGAGAACAUCUUUUUUCACUUUGGAAGAAUGAAGGAUUCUUUCUGAAUUACCUUUUUUCGGGACUAGAUGAUGUUGGCACAGAGUCUGCAUUCAAUCCCAGUAUGUUCUUUCUAGAUUUCUUGGUGGUGCCACCCUCAAGGUAUCGCCCUGUCAAUCGCCUGGGGGACCAGAUGUUUACCAAUGGCCAGACGGUGAAUUUGCAGGCUGUCAUGAAGGACAUAGUUCUGAUCCGAAAGCUUCUGGCAUUGAUGGCCCAAGAACAGAAGCUGCCAUGGGAGGUGGCCAUACCCACCACAGAUGAGGAAAAAGACUCUACGACUGGUAUUGACCGCUCCUUUUUAAGUGCACUUCCAGGCCAGGCCCUCACAGACAAACUUUACAACAUUUGGAUUCGCCUUCAGAGCCACGUCAAUAUUGUGUUUGAUAGUGAGAUGGACAAAUUAACAGUAGAAAAGUACCCGGGCAUUAGACAGAUCCUAGAGAAGAAGGAAGGCCUGUUCCGAAAGCACAUGAUGGGAAAGAGAGUGGACUACGCAGCCCGCUCAGUCAUCUGCCCGGAUAUGUACAUCAACACCAAUGAAAUUGGAAUCCCCAUGGUAUUUGCCACAAAACUGACCUACCCUCAGCCUGUUACCCCCUGGAAUGUUCAGGAACUUAGGCAGGCAGUCAUCAAUGGCCCCGGUGUGCACCCGGGAGCCUCCAUGGUCAUCAACGAGGAUGGCAGUCGCACAGCCCUCAGCACCGUGGACAUAAGCCAGCGGGAAGCCGUGGCCAAACAGCUCCUGACACCAGCCACCGGGGCACCUAAGCCCCAGGGGACAAAAAUUGUAUGCCGGCAUGUAAAAAAUGGGGACAUUCUCCUACUGAACCGACAGCCCACUCUGCACAGACCUUCCAUCCAAGCCCACCGUGCUCGCAUCCUGCCUGAAGAGAAAGUCCUACGGCUCCACUAUGCUAACUGCAAGGCCUAUAACGCAGACUUUGAUGGAGAUGAGAUGAAUGCCCACUUCCCCCAGAAUGAGCUGGGCCGGGCUGAGGCCUAUGUCCUGGCCUGCACCGAUCAACAGUACCUUGUUCCCAAGGAUGGCCAGCCCUUGGCAGGAUUGAUCCAGGAUCACAUGGUUUCAGGUACAAGCAUGACUACCCGGUGUUGUUUUUUCACCCGGGAGCAAUAUAUGGAGCUGGUGUACCGAGGACUCACGGACAAAGUGGGGCGUGUGAAACUCUUUCCUCCUGCCAUUCUGAAACCCUUUCCACUGUGGACAGGAAAGCAGGUUGUGUCAACAUUGCUCAUAAACAUAAUCCCAGAGGACCACAUCCCGCUGAAUUUAUCUGGAAAAGCGAAAAUCAGCGAGAAAGCCUGGGUAAAGGAACCUCCUCGACCUGUUCCUGGCUUUGACCCUGACUCAAUGUGUGAGUCCCAGGUGAUCAUCAGAGAAGGAGAGCUGCUCUGCGGGGUGCUGGACAAGGCCCAGUACGGGAGCUCUGCCUACGGCCUGGUCCAUUGCUGCUAUGAGAUCUAUGGGGGUGAGACCAGUGGGAGGGUUCUCACCUGCCUGGCCCGCCUCUUCACCGCCUACCUGCAGCUCUACAGAGGAUUUACCUUGGGUGUGGAGGACAUUUUGGUGAAGCCAAAAGCAGAUGCCAAGAGACAGGAGAUCAUUGAAGAAUCUACCCACUGUGGACCCCGGGCUGUCAGGGCUGCAUUAAACUUGCCAGAAGCCACAUCAUGUGAUGAGGUCCAAGAAAAAUGGCAGGAUGCCCAUUUAGGCAAAGACCAGAGGGAUUUUAACAUGAUUGAUCUGAAGUUCAAGGAGGAAGUAAACCAUUACAGCAAUGAGAUUAACAAGGCAUGCAUGCCUUUCGGCCUGCACAGACAGUUCCCAGAGAACAACUUGCAGAUGAUGGUGCAAUCAGGAGCCAAAGGUUCAACUGUGAACACAAUGCAGAUCUCGUGCCUCCUGGGACAGAUCGAAUUGGAAGGUCGGAGACCGCCGCUGAUGGCAUCUGGCAAGUCACUGCCCUGCUUUGAGCCUUACGAAUUCACCCCCAGGGCUGGUGGCUUUGUCACUGGCAGAUUCCUCACUGGCAUCAAUCCUCCUGAGUUCUUCUUUCACUGCAUGGCAGGGCGAGAGGGCCUGGUCGACACCGCUGUGAAAACCAGCCGCUCUGGCUAUCUUCAAAGGUGCAUCAUCAAGCACCUGGAGGGGCUGGUCGUGCAGUAUGAUCUGACUGUCCGAGACAGCGACGGCAGUGUGGUGCAGUUCCUGUACGGGGAGGAUGGCCUGGAUAUCCCCAAGACCCAGUUCCUGCAGCCCAAGCAGUUCCCCUUCCUAGCCAGCAAUUACGAGGUGAUAAUGAAAUCGAAGCAUCUCCAUGAAGUUUUAUCCAGAGCGGAUCCCAAAAAAGCUCUCCGCCACAUCAGAGCCAUCAAAAAAUGGCAAAGCAAGCAUUCUGGCACCCUGCUCAGAAAAGGCGCCUUCCUGAGUUAUUCCCAGAAAAUUGAAGCAGCUGUAAAAGCUCUAAACCUUCAGGGCAAGAACCAGAACGGCCGCAGCCCUGAGACUCAGCAGAUGUUGAAGAUGUGGUAUGAGUUAGAUGAACAGAGCCAAAGGAAAUACCAGAAGAAGGCAGCCCCUUGUCCUGACCCCUGUCUGUCUGCCUGGCGCCCAGACAUCUACUUUGCAUCAGUGUCAGAAACUUUUGAGAAAAAGAUUGAUGACUAUAGUCAAGAAUGGGCAGCUCAAGCAGAGAAGAGUUACAAGAAAUCAGAGCUUUCUCUUGACAGGCUGAGGACCUUGUUGCAGCUGAAGUGGCAGCGCUCGCUUUGCGACCCCGGGGAGGCCGUGGGCCUGCUAGCCGCCCAGAGCAUCGGAGAGCCCUCCACACAGAUGACCCUGAACACCUUCCACUUUGCAGGCAGAGGAGAGAUGAACGUCACCCUGGGGAUUCCAAGACUGAGGGAGAUUCUCAUGGUGGCCAGUGCCAACAUCAAGACACCCAUGAUGAGUGUGCCUGUGUUCAACACCAAGAAAGCCCUGAAGAGGGUGAAGAGCUUAAAGAAGCAGCUCACCAGAGUGUGCUUAGGGGAGGUGUUGCAGAAAAUUGAUGUCGAGGAGUCCUUCUGUAUGGGAGAAAAACAGAACAAAUUCCGGGUAUACCAGCUGCGCUUUCAGUUCUUGCCAUACGCAUAUUACCAGCAGGAGAAAUGCCUGAGACCUGAGGACAUUCUGCACUUCAUGGAAACAAGGUUCUUUAAGCUUUUGGUGGAAUCCAUCAAAAAGAAGAGUAACAAAGAAUCAGCUUUCAGAAGCGUAAACACUCGAAGAGCUACACAGCGGGAUCUCGACAACGUUGGGGGCUCUGGGAGGAGUCAGGGAGAGGAAGAAGGUGAUGAGGAAGAAGAGGGACAUAUUGUAGACGCUGAAGCUGAGGAGGGAGAUGCUGAUGCCUCUGACACCAAACGCAAGGAGAAGCAGGAAGAGGAGGUUGAUUAUGACAGCGAGGAAGAGGGAGAGAAGGAGGAAGAAGAGAACGAGGAUGAGGUCAUGCAGGAGGAAGGGCACAUCCAUGGUAAAGGUGCUCAGGAGGCCCAAGAGCAAGAUGAAGAGCUGGGUUCAGAUGCCGAGGAGGACUCACCCACAGAUGCCCCCCUGAUACAGCCCUGGAAACCCACCGGUAGCCAGAAGCCCCAGGGAACUGAGGCCGUGGAUCGCCGGGUCCAGGCUGUUUGUGAGAUCCACUCAUUCAUAGAGGACUACCAGUAUGACACCGAGGAGAGUCUGUGGUGUCAGGUGACAGUGAAGCUCCCUCUGAUGAAGAUUAACUUUGACAUGAGCUCCUUGGUAGUAUCUUUGGCCCAUGGUGCUGUUGUCUACAUGACCAGGGGCAUCACUCGGUGCCUCCUGAAUGAAACAGUCAGCAAUAAGAAUGAGAAGGAGCUUGUGCUACACACAGAAGGAAUCAACCUCCCAGAGCUCUUCAAGUAUGCCGAGGUUCUGGAUCUGCGCCGCCUCUACUCCAAUGACAUCCAUGCGAUGGCCAAUACAUAUGGCAUCGAGGCCGCACUCCGGGUGAUUGAGAAGGAGAUUAAGGAUGUGUUUGCUGUGUAUGGCAUUGCAGUUGAUCCUCGCCAUCUUUCUCUGGUCGCUGAUUAUAUGUGCUUCGAGGGUGUUUACAAGCCACUGAAUCGCUUUGGAAUCCGGUCAAACUCCUCCCCUCUGCAGCAGAUGACGUUUGAAACCAGUUUCCAGUUUCUGAAGCAGGCCACCAUGCUGGGAUCCCACGAUGAGCUGAGGUCCCCUUCUGCCUGCCUCGUGGUUGGAAAAGUUGUCAAGGGCGGGACAGGCCUGUUUGAACUCAAGCAGCCUCUGAGAUAGCAGCUCCUGAGGCAGCAUCUCAUCCUCCAAGACCCCCACAGUGGCUGUGGCCUCAGCUGAGCUGCAGGAGGCCUCAACGGCAAAGUCCCUAGUGAACAGCCCCAGAGCCAUCUCCUGGGAAGACCACAAGGAAGCAGUGCUUUGCUGCUGGGAAUCCACACCUUCCAGGGAAGAGAAGUGGGAUACCAUUGCCAUGAGCUGCCAGUGGCAGCAGGCAGGAUUCCUGGGGGGUCCUGGUAUGAGAACAUGGAGCUUCUACCCCAAGGCCCACUCCUUCUGGCUAUGGCAGCCCCUAGGGACAGAGUCGCCUAAGAGUCCCUGCGCAUGGCUUCUUCCCUGGGCAAGUACAAGGUGACACAGUCCUCCACCCACCCAGCCUCUGUUCCUGGGCAGGCCCUGGCCCUAAUGCUGUAUGGCCAGCCCCAAGGCUGGGGACAGUCUCUAGGGCUCCAGCAGCUCACUCCCACACAUAAAGCCCUGAGUCACCACUGGGUCCUUGGACAAGUUGCCUAGCUGUCCCUUGCUCUGCUGUCAGUUUGGUGUGAGGCCUGUGCCCAUCCCCACUGCCCAUCCCCUGCUUUGGGGUCAUCCAAGCUCCUUCCAUCCCUGGCACCAGCAGCACACUUCCCUGGCCGGCACAGAAAAGAUGGAGAGGACUUGUACAAAGGCUUCUAAAACCAGAGGCGGUUUCUAUUUUUGUCUACUGUUAUUUCAGCUUAGGCUCAGUAAUAAACAUCACUGGAACCAGCUGUUAGGA